AUGUCAGUCUCAGAAGGAGUAUCCAACACGACGCUCGCUGGGAAUGACUCCUCCCACAAUACCACGGCCGUUGGAAACAUGGAGUGGGAUGCACCUUCCGUCAUGUCAAUGGUCAUCUUCAUCCUCACAUUCCUACUGGGCGUCCCGGGUAACGGUGCAGUCAUCUGGGUGACGAGCUUCAAAAUGAAGAUUAAGGUCCACACGGUGUGUUUCCUGAACCUGGCUAUGGCUGACCUGAUCUAUUGCCUGACUCUUCCAUUCCGCAUUACCAACAACUCGCUGGCCUAUUCUGGGUACAACCCCUACUUUUCCUGGAAGUAUAUUGGAUUCUUCAUGCUCCUCAACGCAUCCGCCAGCGUAUAUCUGUUAUGUCUGAUCAGCAUCUGCCGCUGCCUGGCUAUUGCUCAACCUAUUUGGUUCCAGCAACUUCUGAGCCUCCGAUGGGUGCGUGCAGCCUGUUUCGGUGUCUGGAUCCUAGCCUUCGUCAUAUGCCUGCCCGUCCUCCUGAUCCAGGAUUUGGGCAAGUGGAUGACCGUGUUAGAGCUAUUUUGGUUUCUUUUCAUCUUCGGACUCCCCUUUCUAAUUAUGAUCACCUGCUACUCGCUGGUUGGCUGGAAGCUGCAAGGGAGCAGGUUCGCCAAAUCUAAAAAGCCUCUCCGCCUUAUCAUCACCGUGGUCGUCACAUUUAUGAUCUGUUGGAUUCCCAACGCUGUCUACGACCUCAUAUCAACCUUCUCCACACCGAUCCCCGGAGCGUGGUCGUUACUCACUGUCGCCCUAGCCUCCUUGAACAGCGCCCUCAAUCCUCUUCUCUAUCUCUUCUCUGGCCGCGAAUUUCACCAGGUCUGCAGCCGCUCGAUUCUCGCCUCGCUCCGUCUGGCUUUCGCCGAGCAGAGGCUGGAAUUGGAGACCCAGUCCCAGGCCUCCAACUUCACCUCAAAUACGAAUGUCUGA